AUGGUAUUCAAAAUUAUUCAAUUGGUAAUUCCGGUUCAAACAUUGAACAAAAAGAGCUCGCCUUCUACUUCUGGUGGUAAGAGAAAUUCACCAUCUAUUUCUGAUGCUCCAAGGAAUCCACCUUCUUCUUCUUCUGAUGCUCAAAGGCAUUCACCAUUUACUUUAGAUGCUCAAAGGAAUUCACCUUCUACUUUUGAUGCUCAAAGGAGUUCACCUUCUACUUCUGAUGCUGAAAGGUCUUCUACUUCUGAGAAAUCGGAUUCUCAUGAUUAUAUAUUUCCUGUAUCCUGCCAAUGGGUGAAAACUGCAAAAAGAGGCCGAAAGAGCUCAUCGACAUCAACAUCAUCUAUCGAGAAACAAAAGGAACCAGUGUUCGGUGAGAAAGAAUUAGUGGAAACCCUAAUGCAUCUAUGUGCUUUGUCUAAUAGCUAUUUUAUUGAUUUAGCAAACUCAAAGAAGAAAGAAAAAAGCACAAGGCUUCCAGUCAAUAAGAAGCGUAAAUUGCAAGAUAUCGUCUCUACAGAAGAUGGGUUGAAGAAAGCGAGAAUUGAGAAGGAAUCUGAGGAGAAUUACAGGGGUGAAAUCAUGUUAGAUACUGUGAAGAAGACAUAUUCAGAAGCAAGUCACCAGCAGAUGACAACAUUGUCUUCUGCUUCUGAGACAUUCAAUUGUGCUUUUUGUGGCAAACCCUUCAACUGUUAUCAAGCUUUGGGUGGUCAUAAAUCAAGCUGCAAGAGCAAUCCCUUGAAAAAAGAAGUAGUCAAAUCUGAAGUGCAAGUUUCAAACGCAACUUCAAAGAUCCAUCGAUGCAAAAUAUGCAGUAAGGAGUUUCUAACAGGUCAGGCACUGGGGGGGGGGGGGGGGGGGGGGGGGCAUCAAAAGAGUCAUAAGACAGGAGAAGUUGAACCUAGUGGGUCAUCAGUCUCAGUCUCACCACCACCAAAGGAAAUCAAGGAGGCUUUACAUUUAAUUCAGUCAUCAACAUCAUUUGUUCAAGAAGAGCAAGCCGAUGUACCCGUACCGAAUAAGAAGAUUAUGAUGUUUGACCUCAAUGAAGAUCUACCGGAGGAGGAUGAAGAUGAAAUGAGUUAA